AUGCACCUAUCUCGAGCUCUCCUGAUGAUCGCAGCCGCCUUGCUGGCUACCAGCAACGCUCUGUCGAACUCUAACGCCGCCUCGACCUCCAACACUGCUCUUCCAAGUGAUUCGGUCCAACGGCUACUUCGAGCUCACGCUGCUUACGACCCGGCCAAGAAACUCCUGGAAACGUACCACACUGCUGAACAAAAUACACAAGGCGUACAGGAAGAAAAACCCCUAGAUGGUCGCUAA